UGUUAAUUACUACCUUGGCAGUCAAAUGAAAAAUGAUUUUCUACUAAUCUGUAUGUAUGUGUAUAUAUAUAUAUCUCCAUGAGCUACCGCAGACAAGCAAGCAACACUAAAUUUUCUCAUACUUUAAUUUCUUUCCACAUCUCCACUCAAAGGGAAAUUUGAAUGGCCUCCUUAUCCUCUACAAUCCUCAGCCGCUCUCCGGCGGCCCGCCGCAGAAUUACGCCGGCGUCGGCUAAGCUUCACCGGCCGGAAUGUUUCGCCACCAGUGCAUGGAUGGGCAGCAGCAGUAAAAACCUUUCUCUCAGCUACCAACUUAAUCACAAGAAAAUAUCAGUUGCCACAGUAGAUGCGCCGCAGGUGCAUGACCACGACGGCACUACCGUUCAUCAAGGCCAUGAUGCGGUGAAGAAUAUUGAGGAUCCCAUUGAAUACAUCAGGACGUUGUUGAGGACGACGGGGGACGGGAGAAUAAGCGUGUCGCCGUACGACACGGCGUGGGUGGCGAUGAUCAAGGACGUGGAGGGGCGGGACGGGCCCCAGUUCCCCUCCAGCCUCGAGUGGAUCGUGCAGAAUCAACUCGAGGAUGGAUCGUGGGGCGAUCAGAAGCUUUUCUGCGUCUACGAUCGCCUCGUCAAUACCAUCGCGUGCGUGGUAGCCUUGAGAUCGUGGAAUGUUCAUGCUCACAAGGUCAAAAGAGGAGUGACGUACAUCAAGGAAAAUGUGGAUAAACUUAUGGAGGGAAAUGAGGAGCACAUGACUUGUGGGUUCGAAGUGGUGUUUCCGGCGCUUCUACAAAAAGCGAAAAGCUUAGGCAUCGAAGAUCUUCCUUACGAUUCUCCGGCGGUGCAGGAGGUUUAUCAUGUCAGGGAACAAAAGUUGAAAAGGAUUCCACUGGAGAUUAUGCACAAAAUGCCGACAUCAUUAUUAUUUAGUUUGGAAGGGCUCGAAAAUUUGGAUUGGGACAAACUUUUGAAACUGCAGUCAGCCGACGGUUCCUUCCUCACCUCUCCCUCCUCCACCGCCUUCGCGUUCAUGCAAACCAAGGAUGAAAAAUGCUACCAAUUCAUCAAGAACACGAUAGACACUUUCAACGGAGGAGCGCCACACACUUAUCCCGUCGACGUGUUUGGAAGGCUCUGGGCGAUCGACCGGCUGCAGCGCCUCGGAAUUUCUCGCUUUUUUGAGCCGGAGAUUGCUGAUUGCUUAAGCCACAUCCACAAAUUUUGGACGGAUAAGGGAGUUUUCAGUGGGAGAGAAUCGGAGUUUUGCGACAUUGACGAUACAUCCAUGGGAAUGAGGCUUAUGAGGAUGCAUGGAUAUGAUGUUGAUCCAAAUGUGCUGAGGAAUUUCAAGCAGAAAGAUGGUAAAUUCUCUUGCUACGGCGGGCAGAUGAUCGAGUCGCCUUCUCCGAUAUACAAUCUUUACAGAGCUUCUCAGCUCCGAUUUCCCGGCGAGGAAAUCCUCGAAGAUGCGAAGAAAUUCGCCUACGAUUUCUUGAAAGAAAAACUAGCCAACAAUCAGAUUCUGGAUAAAUGGGUUAUAUCUAAGCACUUGCCUGAUGAGAUCAAGCUCGGGCUAGAGAUGCCGUGGCUCGCCACCCUACCCCGCGUCGAGGCGAAGUACUACAUCCAGUACUACGCCGGCUCCGGCGACGUGUGGAUCGGGAAGACGCUGUACAGGAUGCCGGAGAUCAGCAACGACACGUACCACGACCUAGCCAAGACGGAUUUCAAGAGAUGCCAAGCGAAGCAUCAGUUCGAGUGGCUCUACAUGCAAGAAUGGUACGAGAGCUGCGGCAUCGAGGAAUUCGGGAUAAGCAGAAAGGACCUUCUGCUUUCCUAUUUCUUGGCGACCGCGAGCAUCUUCGAGCUCGAGAGGACCAACGAGCGAAUCGCGUGGGCCAAAUCGCAGAUCAUCGCUAAGAUGAUCACUUCUUUCUUCAACAAGGAAACUACGUCGGAGGAGGAGAAACGAGCUCUUUUGAACGAGCUCGGAAACAUUAAUGGCCUCAACGACACAAACGGCGCAGGGAGAGAAGGUGGGGCCGGUAGCAUUGCGCUAGCGACCCUCACUCAGUUCCUCGAGGGAUUCGACAGAUACACCAGACACCAGCUGAAAAAUGCUUGGAGCGUAUGGCUGACGCAGCUGCAACAUGGCGAAGCAGACGACGCAGAGCUCCUAACCAACACAUUGAACAUCUGCGCCGGCAACAUCGCCUUCAGGGAAGAAAUACUGGCGCACAACGAGUACAAAGCUCUCUCCAACCUAACGAGCAAAAUCUGUCGACAACUUUCUUUCAUUCAAAGCGAAAAGGAGAUGGGAGUAGAGGGCGAGAUCGCAGCGAAAUCGAGCAUAAAAAACAAGGAACUCGAAGAAGACAUGCAAAUGUUGGUGAAGUUGGUGCUUGAGAAAUAUGGGGGCAUAGAUAGAAAUAUAAAGAAAGCGUUUUUGGCAGUUGCGAAGACUUAUUAUUACAGAGCGUAUCAUGCCGCCGACACCAUAGACACACACAUGUUUAAAGUGCUUUUCGAGCCAGUCGCGUGAAUAUUUUGUUUAAAUAAGUAUAUAGUUGUUUGUAUCGCCCCGGGAAAAGAAAUGUAACAUAAUCUUUUAUUAUUUUGUAUAAAUAAAAACAGUUCAGCAGAAAUAAAAUAAAUUUUUAGAUUUUCUUUU